GCAUACUCAUGCGCAUUCGCCCGGGCAGUGGGCAGGCCCUGGAGAUUUGACUGCGAGAUUUCCUCAGCUUGCCUGAGGUGAGUUGUCAACUUGUCUUGUUUCACGGUCAAGCCUUCCGACAUUUCGUGAUUUAUUAAUUAACUCGGUUUCAUAUUUUUCUCACUUCUUUGAUCCUAUGGCUGGGAAAGUAAAAUGGGCGACAGACAUCGAGAAAUCGGUGCUAGUGAAUAAUUUUGAGAAGAGGGGCUGGGGUCAGACAUCUACUGAUGAAGACUGGAACUUCUACUGGAUGAGCGUACAGACAAUUCGAAAUGUUUUCAGCAUUGAAAAUGGCUACCGUUUGAAUGAUGAUCAAGUUGUAAACCAUUUUCCAAACCAUUAUGAGCUGACACGGAAGGACCUCAUGGUAAAGAAUAUCAAACGCUACCGGCGAGAGCUGGAGAGGGAAGCAAGCCCACUUGUGGAGAAGGAUGAAAAUGGGAAAUAUGUUCAUCUAGAUUUUAUCCCGGUUACAUUCAUGCUGCCUGGGGAUUAUAAUUUGUUUGUUGAGGAAUUCCGGAAAAACCCAACAAGCACAUGGAUAAUGAAGCCAUGUGGAAAAGCUCAAGGGAAGGGAAUUUUCCUCAUCAAUAAACUCUCCCAGAUUAAGAAGUGGUCACGUGACAGCAGGACUACUACGUUUAUAUCCCCUGCUGGGAAGGAGGCAUAUGUCAUUUCAUUGUACAUAGACAACCCACUGCUGAUCGGUGGAAAGAAGUUUGACUUACGCUUGUAUGUGUUGGUGACCUCCUAUCGACCAUUAAAAUGUUAUAUGUAUCGACUGGGAUUUUGUCGUUUUUGUACAAUGAAGUACACUCCAAGCACCAGUGAAUUAGAUAACAUGUUUGUGCAUCUUACAAAUGUAUCCGUGCAGAAACAUGGGGGUGACUAUAAUCCUAUCCAUGGUGGGAAGUGGUCAGUAAGUAACCUGCGACUGUAUCUGGAAAGCACACAGGGGAAGGAUGUGACUGAUAAACUCUUUGAUGACAUUCACUGGAUAGUUGUUCACUCACUGAAGGCUGUUGCACCAGUAAUGAUUAAUGAUCGACACUGCUUUGAAUGCUACGGUUACGACAUCAUCAUUGACGACAAACUAAAGCCAUGGCUCAUUGAGGUGAAUGCAUCCCCUUCCCUUUCUUCUACCACUGCCAAUGACCGCAUUCUGAAAUACAACCUCAUCAAUGACACCUUAAACAUUGUUGUACCAAAUGGAGAGAUGCCAGACUGCAAAUGGAGCAGAUGCCCACCAAAGGAAGCACUUGGACACUAUGAGCUCUUAUAUGAUGAAGAGCUGGCACAAAAUGAUGGUGUGGAAUGUGAGGGGAAGCCUCGUGUUGGGCCUUCUCUUAACAAAGGAAAUAGAUUGAAGGAUACCAGAAAGCCUUUUUCAACUUGGAAAUAAAAUUGGUCUGAUAUUAAGCAUGGUUCAAGUAGAUACACCAGUGUUCAUUCUCCCACAUCCACAUAGCACAAAGCCAUUCCAAUCACUGUAUUAAACUUGUAUAAUUUUUUGAAGGAUAUUUCUAGACUAAAUUGCUAUGUAUUUAAUACAAAUUGGUACAAUUGAUAUUCCUGAAUUUACAUUAUUAUAUUGCAAACUACUUUCACUGAAUUCAAGGGACCAUCUGUUUGAUCAACCUGGCAGAUACUAUGAAAAAACUACCAAGUUAUUUGUUUGGCAAGAGGAUUUAAAAUUGUGGACUUACUAAAUUAAAUAUGAUGUUCAGAACCAUCACAUUGGAAUUAUACUGUAAUUACUUUUGUUUUUAACAUGUAUAUGACCACAGAAAUAAGUCAUAGAGGAGCAAGGAUCUUUAUGAAGCUCCAGGCUAAUGCAUGCCUUGUAACUGGAGUGCUAAGUGGUGAAAUAAAGGAGCAUUGGAAAAGCAUGGAAGUGUCAACUAGCUAGUGAAUUAAGAUAGUGAAUAUCUUAAUUUGAACGUGAUGUGCCAUCACUUAGCCAAAGAUCUAUUGGAACACUGAGUUUUGUAUUGUAUGCUGUCCCUUUUGCAUUACUGGGGUCUAUGUUCCCAGUCUAUUGUGUAGUGACAGCAGGAAUUGUACUCCCUGCAUUAUGUUUGUAAACACUUAAUAUACUGGGAGGCAGUUCCUGUUGGUACUUAUGAAAAGUAUCUUUAUGGUAUUACUUUACAAGCUUUUUAAGUAUUGCUAAGAUCCAGGUACAGCUGUCACAUUGUUAUUUAUGGCUUUGGCAUUUGACCCUUAAGCUGUGCACUGUUCUGAAAUCUACUGCAAUAUCUUUUAAGUUGUCCAAAAAUAUAGUUUAUAAUAGAAAUGUUUAUUAUUUAUUUAUGUAUUUAUUUUCAGCCAGAAUGUACCUCAUUAAAUCAAAGUUGGUCAAUGUUUUGCAUACUCAUCUACAACUUCCAGUAGAGAGAGACCAUUGAGUUAUUGUACUAAAUUACAUUUCUGGGUUUGUUUAUUUUUUUUCUUCAACUGUCAGUUACUUUGUUCAAUGUAUCACGCUAUGUUUGCUUUCUGCACAAAAUCAUCACAAUGCCAGCAAAAGAAUUAUAUUAUUUCCUCUUCUCCUGCCCACAUCCUACAACUUCCAUAUUUGCAUUUUCAAAGAGGGAUUGUUUAUUUUUCCCCCUAAUUCAAAAAUACUCAAAUCAAUUCCAGUUCCCCUCCCAGUACUUUAGUUGAGAUCAGCUAACUCAGCAAAUAGGGAAAUCAAAUCAGGGAGCCUCUACUCCAUAUGGCUUUGUGCCACAUUAAAGUUCAUUUAACAAGCUAUUGAGAAUGAUGGUUUAUCCUAUUACAUACAAACAUUUUGAUUGAGAGUGUCACUGGAGCUUGAUGUCAGCCUGGCCCAGUGAUAAUCCAUGUACCCCCUACUCAGGGCAAAAGGACUAAGUAUUGCUGUGCCCCUUUGAUCUGAACUCCUGUUUUUCAGUUAAAAAAACAUGAAUUUGGACAUGGACAUAAAAGGAGUGAUUUAAUUCUUUUAUUUUAAAAAAGGCUCAUGUUUUUGUGGAGAAUGUUAUAUGACGAACUUCUGGGUACAUUUUGGAUUCCAUGAGGAAUGACAGCAAUAUGAUGUCAUUUUUUUGGCUCAUGAAAAAAAAUUAGUAACCCCUUUCCUGGUUUCGUUUAGUUGGUUUUUCAUUUUUUAUCUUUUUUAGAGAUACUCAAAACAAUAUAUUACUCCCAAAUAAAGCCCAAGGUAUUGCACAAGUUUAACAUUACAUUCUUGCUUUUAUAUUCUAUGCCUUAGUCUACAAAUUCAGGGAUUCAUUUAACAAGUAGCAUAAUCCACUUACACUGCCACACUUUAAUGACCCGUGUAUCAAUACACCAGGCUCCUUGUGGUCUUCUCCAUUUAAAAUCAUACCAUUUCAGGUCCAUUUCCUUUCAAAAUAUAUUACUUCAUAUUCUCAUACAUUAAACUUUAUCUGCCAGCGUAAGGCCUUUGUUAUUGGUCCCUUAAUUUAUCAAUUAAAAGUUAAAUUGUUCCCUUAAUUUUAAACUUGCUGUUUAGGUAUGCAGGUCAAAAUGUGGCAGCACGUGAUGUUUUUUUAAAAACAAAAAUCCCUUUCUUUGUAGCUAAAGGCCUAGAAUAUUGAAUAUAGAAUAAGAUAGUGUCUAUAAAGUAAGGGUAGCCCCCAAUAGAAAACCCAGUGGAUGGCAUUGUGGUAUUGUCACUGGUAAUCGAAAGACCCAGGAUAAUGCUCUGGUGACCUGGGUUUGAAUCCCACCACAGCAAAUGGUGGAAUUUGAAUUCAAUAAAAAUCUGGAAUUAAAGGUCUCUUGAUAACUAUUGUCGUAAAAGCUCAUCUGGUUCACUAACAUCCUUAAGGUAAGGAAAUCUGCUGUUCUUACCUGGUCCAGCCUAUAUGUGACUCCAGACCCACAGUAAUGUGGUUGACUCUUAAAUGCCCUCUGAACAAGGGCAAUUAGGGAUGGACGCCCACAUCCCAUGAAUUAAUUUUUUUUCCAGGCUGAAUAAGUUCCCAUUUAUCGUCCAACCUUUGCAUUCUGCUCCAUUUGUCACUUUAUUCACACAGCCAUAUUCCCACUACUUUCAUAUGUCUUUAUUCCCAUCUAUGCUUUACUGUUUUAUUCCCAGCCGGCGAUUGGGAUUGCACCAAGCAAUCUGAUGGAACGAAAGACUAAUUUGUCUCUUAUAGCCAGACCUUAGUUCUAGUGUUUAAUUUGUCUCCCUCAAAUUUAAGUUUUUAUUUAUUCAUUCUUGGGAUGCAAGCUUUGCUGGCAAGGCCAACAUUUAUUGUCCAUUUCUAAUUGCCCUUGAGAAGGUAACUGAUAGCAUUGUGGGAGUAUCUACAUCAUCCAGACUAUUAGGUAAGCAGUUCCAGGAAUGGGAAUAUUUCCAAGUCUGGAUGAUGUGAUGUACAGGUGGUAGUGUUCCCAUGCAGCCUUCUAGGUAGGAGAGCAUUGUUGGAUGGAAAAUUUUCCACCCAAGAAAAGUCAACUCAGACAAAUGCAACUCAAGUCAAAUAAAAAUAUUUGAGUAAAAUGAAUAAUGAGCAUAGAAGGUUAAUGUUUUUCAAUUUACUUUAUUUUACACAACAAAUUGUACACAUUUAUUGAGGUUGUCCACGACCACGGCCAAAUCCGCCCCUCUGUAAAACAAGUGGAACAGUUAGCAAUGUGAAAACUUUUGAAACACAUCACCAACAGAGCUUAGGAAAACACUAACUCACGAUUCACUCAAUAUCUUGUUACUACAUAGGGGUUGGUAAUAGGGAUAAUACACAAACUAGUUGUAAGCAUUGUUGUUUUAGUAAAUCUGAUUUUACUCCAUUAUAUUUAAGGAAAAAGAUAAUUAAGUUUAGUACUUUAUUAGAUCGGUCCAAUGGUUUUAGAUUAUUAAAGUGCAUCUACUA